GGCGGCGCGGCGUGGACCGUCGCGGACUCAUUGGCAGAACUGGCGCGGCUCUGCGAGACGGCGCGCGUGCGGGCCGUGGACGCCACGUUCCAGCGGGCCGACGCCGCCAACGGCCAGUACCUCGUGGGCAAGGGCAAGAUCGAGGAGGUCGCGCGGAAGGUGCUGGACCACGGAGCCGACGCGGUCGUCUUCGACGACGAGCUGUCGCUCGCGCAGCAGCGGAGCGUGCUCGCCGUGCUCGCGGAGGCCGGCUGCGACGACAAAGUCCAGAUCCUGGACCGGACGCAGCUCGUGCUCCAGAUCUUCAGCGAGCGCGCGCAGACCCGGGAAGCCAAGGCGCAGAUCGCGUUGGCGCGCGCGGAGUACAUGCUCCCGCGGCUCACGACGUUCCUCACGGGCGCCGCCGCGGGGACGGACGCCAAGAGCGGCGGCCGCGGCGCCGGCGGCGGCGCCUACCUCCGCGGCGCGGGCGAGUCGCAGUUGGAGAUGGACCGGCGGCUCUUCGGGAAGCGCAUCGCCAAGCUCAAGGCGGAGCUCGGCGCGAUCGCGUCGAAGCGCGCCGUCGCGCGGUCGAAGAAGCUCGACAAGGAGGACCUGCCCCUCGUGGCCCUCAUCGGCUACACGAACGCGGGCAAGACGUCGCUGCUCAACGCGCUGAGCGAAGCCGCGCCGCUCUACGCGGACGACCGCUUGUUCGCGACGCUGGACCCGGCGACGCGGCGCGUCACGCUCCCGAGCGGCCGCGCCUGCAAGCUCACGGACACGGUCGGCUUCAUCCAGAAGCUGCCGACGAAGCUCGUCGCGUCGUUCCGCGCGACGCUCGAGGAGAUCGCGGACGCCUCGGCGGACGCCUGUUUGCUCGUCCACGUCGUCGACGCGUCGUCGCCGCUCGCCGACGGCCAGAUGCGCGCGGUCUACGCCAUCCUCCACGAGCUCGACUGCUUCGACAUGCCCCAGAUCACGGUCUACAACAAGCAGGACCGCGUCGGCGGCGCACCGGCGCCGCCUGGUGACGACGUCGCGUCCGCGACGACGCUCCUCGACCUCAUGCCGCCGGAGGCCGACGAGGUCCGCGUGUCCUGCCAGGACGGCACGGGCAUCCGGCCCCUCCUCGGCUACGUCGACGCGGCGCUCGGCAAGAUGAACGCGAAGGUCCACUGCCUCCUCCCCUUCGACCAGGGCACGCUCGUCGAGGAGAUCCACCGCACGGCGACCGUCGACGAGGUCGAGCACCUCGCCCAGGGCACGCGCAUCGUCGCGCGCGUGCCGCCGUCCCUCGAGCAGCGCCUCCGGCCCUUCGCCGUCCCGGUCUAA